AUGCAGGAUUACGACAAGAACCCCAGCAGCAGCAACAGCAGCACGAUGGCUAGCGAGAAGGCUUCAGAGACAAGCCCCAAGCUGGCUGACAACCUGGGCGCCGGACCACAGAAGCCACAGCAGCAGCUUCCCUCAUUAAGCAGCAUCUUCGGACCUCCUCCUCCAGCUCCUCGCCCUCUGAACUCGCCCCAUUCAGAUAGACACAGCUCUCUCGCAACAUCGUCACCAAGAAUGGACCGCCCUCGACAUGUCUCUGCUGGGCGAAGUGAUUCUUACUUCCCACCCACACUCUCACCACCUUUAUCACACCCACGAACCUCGUAUGAUGGCAAUGCGGAGAAGCCCGGAUUCCAAGGACUGAGACGAUCGGCCUCUGGGCCUGGAUCACCAAGGUUUCGCCCAACUAACGCACAGGAGAGCCGGUUGGACGCUGAGGCGGGGAGGGGCGAAUUUGGUCGAAGCCGCACGAUGCAGCCCUCUCAAGACCACUUCCGCCUGCAGUUUACAGGACAAAAGGAGGCCGGCAGCGGCUUCAGGGAACAUGGGAUGCCUUCUUCCACCGCCGCCAACCCGCCAACCACCGCCAACAGCACGUCGCAAGCUGAUGGCUCCUCGACGAAGAGCACUCUUGGACCGAAGAUCUGGACAGGGACGCAUUUCCUGCCGAGGUUUGUCAAGGCCGCCGACGUGCCAGGUGAAGGCCUUUGCUAUUUCUACGACGAUGGAACUCACUGCAAGACGGUUAUCGAUGGCGAGGCUGUCACCCCCCACUGGGGUGUGACCAAGGCUGGUAAGCCAAGGAAGAGGCUGGCAAUUGCUUGUGUCACUUGCCGCGAGAAGAAGAUCAAGUGCGAUCCCGACUACCCCCGGUGCAUUCAGUGCGAAAAGUUUGGCCGAGUCUGCAGAUUCAAGAAUGCCCCGCGAGGUGGUCACAAUACUUCUCCAUCUACACCACCAGCCGAACUCGACGAUGUUCGAACCGGUGGCGGUUCUCGACGAGUGUCCGCCGAGGAUUUCGGCCGCCGAUCGGUCUCCCCAGUCUCGCCCCGUGCUCAGUUCCGCCCAUCUUCCGCCGAUGCGGGAUCCAACAAGCGAUUGAAAGUUGAUCAGCAGACAUACGUGCCAAGCCGAGACUCGCCGCCUUCCAACUCUAUGCCCUUCCACCGAUCCAGAUCCCAUGUGGCUUCGCCCAUCCCGACGCCAACACCAGCGAUGCCUCGCAUCCCCGACGACGUCUUGCACCGAGCCUGGCAGACAGACCCCUUCGUCACUGACCCCCAGUCUAUCAAGGCUGUUGUCUCGCAGUUCUUCUCACAUGUCGAUGGUACCAUGGUCUUGACGCUGCUCCCCGAGCGAUCCACUAGGGCGUGGGUUACGGACUCGACUCGGCGGAAGUUGCCCGAGGAUCUGAUGCUCUUGUACAGCAUCUUGGCAGUGGGAGUUGCCUUGUCCGGAGGCCCCAAGCACAUUGCGUUUGAAUACGCACAGGUGGCUCAGUACGCGCAGAAGGGCAUGCAGUUCAACUGCCUGCAGCUUGCCCAGAGCCGGGUCCUUCUUGCUCUGUACUAUGUUUCCGUCGGCCGAAAGCGUGAGGCUAACGAACUCAUGUCUGCGGCCGCGGCAACUGUCGCCUCCCUGCAGCUGAACCUCGAGCUGGACAACUCCAACGAGGCAUCCAUCUCGUCGUUUCCCCUGGGUCUCAACCGAGCCGGGUACUGCGAGGCCAGGAGGCGAACUAUUUGGUCUCUAUUCAUGCUCGAGCGGCUGAGUGGCAUGUUCCCUGAUCGCGUCACGAUGAUCAACCCUGAGGACAUCUACAUCCGUCUUCCUUGUGAUCGCCGCAGCUUUGAGGAGCAGGUCGAGAGUCUCGCCCCAGUCUUCAACCCUCACUCGCUCAGCCUUUCAAAGAUGUCCAACCACGCUGAUGAGAUCGCCACCUACUUGGUGAUGAUGGUCCACCUCUGGGCUGAGAGCCAGGCCACUGUGUACAGAUUGGUUCACAGGCCAGCAUCUGCCGAUGGUGAGUUCAGUAAGGUACGAGGCUUGAUGGGAUCAAUUGAGUCAUGGCAGUCUACCCUACCAACCAGACUGUCACUGAACCGUUCGAACCUGGAGGCCGCUGCCACCGAGGGCAACAUGGGCCCCUUUGCCUCGAUGCACCUCCUCUACCACCACGCCAUGAUCAAGUUGAACCGCCACAGCCGUGCUCCCCGCCAGCUGUCGAGCGAGGCGCGAUUCCACCACGUGCGCGCAUGCCAGGAGCAUGCCGCCGACACCAUCGACAUGGUUGACAGCAUCGACGGCCUCUUUAGAUCCCGCACUACCAACAUGAGCGUCCCCCCGCCCAUGCUCGCCAUUGCCGUCGCCGAGGCCGUGGACGUGCUCUCCGCGAGCCAGCCCCUCUCCCUCGCCAAGAAGGUCAUCGACAACAUCCGCCGUGUGCGACCCCCCAUCGACAACAUGACCAACAUCUGGGACGACUCGCGCAACAUCCAGCACGCCAUCGAGAGGAGGACCUACCUCCUCAACAGGAUCUUCGAGCGUGGCCCUCAGCCGGUCAGCCCGGCCGAGGGCUACGUCCUCACCUCCAAGCCCUGGGGCAAGAACGACGACAAGGAGCUCCACUGGGAGUUCACCGAGCCUCUGGGCAGGACCUUUGCAGCUGACAUGGAUGUCAUCUACCUGGGUCUGCACUAA